AUGUAUACUGCCGCUGCGGGCGCGGGCGCGGGGAGGAGACCCCCUAGGCGGUCGGCCGCGGAGGGCGCGGGCGCGGGCGCGGUCGCGGGGAGGGGACCCCCCCUCCGGCCGGCCGCGGCGGGCGCAGGCGCGGGGAGGGUACCCCCCCCCCCCCCCCCCCCCCCCCCCGACCGCGGCGGCGGGCACGGGCGCGGGGAGGGGACCCCCUCGGCUGGCCGCGGCGGGCGCGGGCGCAGGGAGGGGACCCCCCCCGGCCGGCCGCGCGGGCGCGGGCGCAAGGAGGGGACCCCCCCGCCUCGUGACUCCCUCCGUACCCCCUCCUGCCCUCAGUUUGGCGUGUCCUCAUCCCGGGACAUUACCUCCUGCCCUCUCCCGCAGGCCCAAUCUCCUCCCUUCCCCCUAUCCCAUUGUCGUGUUCCCCCUCUUCCCUCUCUUGGCUAUUCCCCAUCCCCCCCAAUCCCACUCCCCUGUCCUCCAACCUCCUACAUUCCUUCGCUGCCGCUGAAUCGCCACCUCGCUUCGAUAGAGCGCGUCGCGCCUGUUUCUCAUCCGGGCCGUGCUCUACCCCGCGGUGCAGCUGCACUUUCCUCGGUCUCAGAGUACCUCGAAUUUCCCUUCACCCUACCAGCUGGAUUUUCCUUCACCCUGCCAGCUAGGCGAG